AUGAUCAGUCCAGGCUUAGACGAGAUCAAAGGAGGCCUAUUUGAUCAUGUGCCACCGCCUCCAUUAGACUCGGCAGACUGCCCAUUGCCACUGCCUCGCAAAAACUUGAGAACAGAUGUUCAUCAAGGUGACUUGGACAGCGACAGCGACACCUCCCUCGAGUCAACCACGACGUCUGAAUCGGCCGAAGAAAAGACGGCAACAAGUGCGCAGGAAAGCGUUGUCACAUCACUACUUUCUGACGAGCCCUCUGAAGUAAACCACAUUGACAGUCCAGGAAAGCCGUGUUCAGACGAAGACCUGAAGGAGGCGCAGAAAGAGUUGGAUAACAUGAAGAAAAAAUCGGGGACAUCCUUGACAGCGCCCUUGAGAAAGCAGCCGCUAAAAAGGUUUAUGGCAGCCUCCGCAGGCAGCGCGUCCCUCCAUCUGCGUCGGCAAUGAGAAGGACCAGCAGUUUGAAGGUGCCGAGACAACACAACUCGUCGUCAAGUGCCUUUCGCAGGCC